AUGUCUGCCCACGACGUCAUGUGCGCCAAUCCCACCCGUUUCGCCAUUGUCGCAUGGCAGAACAUGGAUCUCUUGGACUUCGCUGGACCCUGCGAGGUCUUAUCUCACUUUAAGAACAUCACCGGAGAACGUCUCUGCACAUUGACAGUCGCUGCAGACAAGGACAGGGUCUCUACUCCCCAGGGCAUCACUAUCGGUCGCGACGUUACCAUCGACAAGAUGAUCUCCCACAUUGCAGAUUUCGACGUACUCCUCAUCCCAGGAGGCCAUGGCUUCUCCAACGAUAACCCGCCGAACGUACCGAGCGUCACAAGAGUUAUUGAGGCAUUUCUUUCGCUCCCGUCCCGUGGGAAACAACACCAGGAGAGAUUCAUCUUGUCUAUCUGUGCUGGUGCUUUCUUCUUGGCCCAAGCCGGCAUCCUAUCUGGACGAACCGCCACUGCUCAUUACGGGCGGCUGACCGACUUAUCGCUGUUUGCUAAUCGGCACGGGACUGGCGGCACCAGGGUCGUGAGGCAGCAUUACGUUGAUUGCGGAGUCGACGAAGAGAGAGGUCUGCGUAUUAUCACUAGCGGAGGAAUCACUAGCGGGCUUGAUGCGACCCUUUAUCUUGCAGAGUGUCUCUUUGGCAAGGAUGUUGCCGAAGCAGCUUCAGCUACGCUGGAUUAUACUUGGAGGAGAGAGAUGACCCCAUUUGGAUUUUCUCAGCAUCUUUGA